CGAGGGGUGGAGGGAGGCGGAGCAAAGCUCUUACUACAGCGUGUGUGCCGAGGAGGCUGUCAGUGAGGAGGAGAGCCGUGGAGAGGAUGCUGCUGGAUGGAUGCUGAGACGGUGCUGCUGGCGUUUCACCCUGUCACUCUGAAGCAGGUCACAUUCGGACAAAAACAAAAGAACAACGCUGCAUCUGUCCCAAAGCCUCAGAUUCAGCAGGGCUUUGGUGGACGAUGAACACAUCUGGCGGCGCUCUCGGAGGGGAGCUCACCGAUGAGGAGAAGGAGAUCAUCAACAACGUUCUGGCCCGUGCUGCCAUGAUGGAGGCCACGGAGCAGGAAAGGAUUGGGCGUCUCUCCAGUCGUCUGGAUAAUAUCAAGAAGAACGCGUGUGGGGAUGGACAGUCUCACUGUCUGCUGUGUGCGGCGUCCUUUGGACCACAGGGGGUCACAGCUGUCCUCUGUGUUCAGUGCAAACAUCACAUGUGCAGUAAAUGUGGGAUCUGGAAUAACAGCAGGACGUGCCCUAUGUGGCUGUGUCGAAUCUGCAACGAGCAGCAAGAGAUCCAGAAGCGCUCAGGAGCUUGGUUUUUUAAGGGAAGAGACCAGCAGUCAGGUCUACCUUCUCCCCUGCCUCUAUCCAGAUCCCCACUGUCCGCCAUUGACAAAAACCCUGACUCAGGAGGCCUCGGCGAACCACGGGGGCCCAGAACUCAUCAUCAGAGUCAAGAGCCACAGCCGAGGCUGUCCCACAGAUCAGAACAAUUGGAGCAGACAGCAAGAACAACAGCUGACAGCUGUAAUGAGAGUCAGACUAGUCAGGCAGCUGUAAUGAAGACAGAGAGACAUGUGUUAUCUUCUAAACCACCUCAGGCAAACACACAGCAGCAGGCGGCCCCCACUGCAGCAGAUGUGGAGAACAAACACUCAGACAAGGUGGAGGGAAUGCACCCUCCAGCUGUGGAGGAAAAAAGACAACCUGUUGUCUCCAGCUCUGUUCCAGCCAGAUCUACUCCACCUGUUAAUCCUUCUGCCAACAACCCCCCUCCCCGUAGACCCCCACCAGACACCACCGAGGAACCGGACAUCGAAUAUGACUCAGAUGAUGCCACCACUUUGGGAUCUCUGGAGUUCAGCCUUCUGUAUGAACAGGAAACUCAUGUCCUACAAUGUUGUAUCAUUAGAGCUAAGGGUUUGAAGCCAAUGGAUUCCAACGGACUUGCGGACCCUUAUGUGAAGCUGCACCUGUUACCUGGAGCCAGUAAGUCCAACAAGCUUCGCACCAAAACACUUAAGACCACUCUGAACCCGGUGUGGAAUGAGACUCUGGUCUACCACGGCAUCACUGAUGAUGAAAUGCAACGCAAAACACUUCGGCUUUCAGUGAGUGACGAGGACAAGUUUGGACAUAAUGAAUUCAUAGGAGAAACACGAGUGGCGCUGAAGAAACUCAAGUUCAAUCAGAAGAAGAAUUUCAAUGUUUGCUUGGAGAGAGCAAUCCCAGUCAAGAAGGCUGUUGGGGGAUCAAUCCGUGGAAUGGCUCUUUAUGAAGAUGACCUAAAUGAAGGUGAGAACUCAGAGGAGCGGGGUCGAAUCCUGAUAUCACUGAUGUACAACAGUCAGCAGAGUCGUCUGAUAGUGGGUGUGGUCCGCUGUGCUCACCUGGCCGCCAUGGACUCUAACGGAUACUCAGACCCCUUUGUUAAAAUAUGUCUGAAACCAGAUAUGGGAAAGAAGGCAAAGAAUAAGACUCAAAUAAAGAAGAAGACACUCAACCCAGAGUUUAACGAGGAGUUUGGUUAUGAAAUAAAGCACGCAGAGCUUGCCAAGAAAACACUAGACGUCUCAGUGUGGGACUACGACAUGGGCAAGUCCAAUGAUUUUAUUGGUGGAUGUCAGUUGGGCAUCCAGGCCAAAGGAGAGUGCUUGAAGCACUGGUACGAAUGCCUCAAGAACAAAGACAAGAAGAUUGAGCGCUGGCAUGUUCUGUUCAACGACAACGCUGUCCAGUUCGAGGACUAAACCUUUUCCUCCCCUCCUGUGUGUUUUAUUUCAUUCAUUCCCUGUAAGAUGUUGUCUUAUCUAUUUCAGGUAAACAGAUCCUUUUUAUUUUCAUGUGGCUUUCCAUAAAGAUCAAUGUGAAAUUUCCUGUGACAAACAUGGAUGUUGAUCUACAGUUUUUCUUUUUGUAAUAAGGAGUGAUGAUAAGACACAAAUGACAUCAUCAUAAACAAUAUCAUUUAACAAAUAAACCUCUGAGCUGAGUGAUUAUCAUAUUUAUAUGGAGCUGAUAAAGUCACUGUUAUCACUGUUAUCGGAAGAGUAAGCUGUACUGAAUUGAGCAUCAGAUCCUGGAGGGAAAUCCCAGUUUUGUGUUUGAUCUUUCCCUCCCCAUCAUGUCACCAUGUGACCACGUCACUGACAGGUGAAAAGGUCAACAUUCCUGUCAUAUCCAGCCAUGCCAUGUUUUGUCAGCUGACUUACAAUGUCCUUCUGGUGUGCAUGGAUUCAAAACAAAAACUUUACACGUUAUUGUGCUUAAUCAUUGUGCAUCCUCCAAAUGUUAAAUAUAAAACAGGGAAACAAUGUAAGCAACCUUGUUGUCAAAUGCUUUUGUUGCUAAUAACCAGCUCAUCUUGUGCGUGUGUGUGUGUGUGUGUGUGUGUGUGCGUAUGUGCGUGCGUGCGUGCAUGCGUGUGUGUGUGUGCGUGUGUGUGCUUGAAAUUUCUGCAUGGCAUUUCACCAUGAAAUCAGGGCAGCAUGGAUCAUGCAGCGCUCACAUUAAUGCUUCCAGAAAACACAGUGACGUAUUCCCACACAGAUUUAUUUGAAAUAAAGAAGAAAUGUUUCCUGUUAAACAUUCACUCUGUGCCGCUGUUGAUGCAUGUUUCAGCUCAGGCUGUGGGUUAAUAAAUACAUUAAAAUAAACGCUCUUGACUUGCA